GCAUGCACAUUAGUUGAACCAGCCUGGAAAAUAGCGUUUUUUUUUUUUUUUUAGAGUGAUCUGAGCUAAAAUAAAUAAAUAAAAAAAAAAAAAGCACAAUGUAUGAUACCAUUGUUGUCAGAUUUUACUGUUGGUUUUAAACAUAUUUCUUGAUCGUAAUUUUGACCAAUCUCUUGUAAUGUUUCGGUCUUUCCCUAUUCAAGUAGACAACAGCUGUACUUAUGUCGCUUGUUAACAGAAAAUAUCUGCCGGUGAACGUUCCAAAGAUGGCCACCGAGUGAACUGACUUGCUUUGAAGGGCAUUUGGGGUGAACUGGUUUGUGCGCAUGCGUGUUGCGGCGGCUAAAUUUGAGGCGUUCGCGUGAACAUAGAGGCGUUUCUAUGGUGAGAAGAUAUUUGACGGGCCACUGGACCGGGUUACAUCUCACCGUCGAACAAGGGGCUCUUUGAUGCUUUUAUGUAAUGAGCCGAUUUCGCAAAGAAUUAUCUGGACUCUAUAAUCACAAGAAUCGGCUCGCAGUCAAAGACUUCCUCCCUGGAAACAUACUAACGCCCUAAUCAGCAUAAUCGGCGAACAGUAAAGCGCAUCGUUGAGAUCUUGAUGCAUCAGUUUUGAACUAUUUGAUCAUUCCUACAGGUGUUGAUGCUUUUGCCUUUUCACUGCAAUUAAAUGUGCAUGUGGAGCUGAUGAAACAUCCACCUCCUGGAUCAUUUCAUUAUUCUUGCGCUGAAGACAGAUUUCAAGUUAAUGUUUCGCCAAGAGGUCGGUGUCCUAUCCUUCAUUCCGUCUUGUUCGUACCUUUUCCAAUACGAGAAGAGGAACAUGUCUCGAUAUAACAUCUACAGUCUGCUGGACUGGAUCUAUGGAGGGGUGGACCCCAAGUUUGAAGGCAACGGAGGGCCCGAGUGCGCCGGCUUCAUCUCCCCCCAGCAGAGAGUAGUCGAGACUCUGUUCAUCACAGCCAUCUCUGUGCUGGAGGUGGUGGUGGCGCUCAAAAAAGUCAAUGUCCCUAAAGAGGUCCGGGAUGUGGGCAAGGAUGGACGCAGGACCAAGGAGGACAGCUGGGGCAAGAACUUGUUGCUUGUGCUGCUGUGCAUGACGUUUGGGGUGGAGGUCGGGUUCAAGUUUGCCACCAAGACUGUGAUUUACCUCCUCAACCCAUGCCAUGUGGUCACAAUGGUGCAAAUUUUCCUGCUUGCAUGUCCUCCCUGCAAAACCGCCAUGGUCAUCUUUAGGCUUCAGGUCCACAUGCUGAAUGGAGCCCUUUUAGCCCUUCUCUUCCCAGUGGUCAACACCAGACUGCUUCCAUUUGAGAAGGAGAUCUACUACAUUCAACACUCCAUGCUGUAUCUUGUGCCAAUCUACCUCUUCAGAAAAGGAGGUGUGUAUAAGCCGGAGCCUCUGAGUGACAUGUGGUGGGCGCUGCUGUCCACUGGCAUCCUCUUCCUCUAUCACUUCAUCUUCCUCCAGGGCCUCGGAAUGUUAACGGAAGUGAAUCUGAACAACAUGCUGUGUCCAGCUGUCUCAGACCCUUUCUACGGACCAUGGUACCGAGUGUGGGCGACGGGCCAUCAGACUGCCCUGACGUUAGUGCACGGCAAGGCCCUGACCAUCCUCUCGCAACACACGUGCCGGUAUCUACUGGACGUUGCACGUCUACGCAACAAGAAGGUGGACUAAUGUUGUUUUAUCUGCAGUCUCACACAGACCGGACACUCCUGCACUUGUCCGGCGGAAUCCUAUACAUACUGAACCUGUUUUUAAUUACAUACCAUUUUUACGUUUGUUGCUGGGAGUAACAAAUUGCAGUCCAACGUGACAGUGAGAUCUGCGUUUUAAAGCUGGAUAACCAGGUUGGAGGACUGUUUUUGCACCUUAGGAGCAGGUAACACUUGGGACUCACAUGACAAACCUUGCCUUGUUCUUUUUAGUUCGGAGGUUUCACAAAAUGACAAUUCAGUGAACUCAGAACAGACGUAAUCUUUCUUCUCAAGUUGCCUUCUCCAGUUACACUCAUCUAACAGAUAAAUGGGGCCAACCCAGUGUCCAUUUACAUUGCUUUUCACUCAGUAGCUGUUGCAUUGUUAUUGACACCAUUUCCUUAAGCCUUGCUUGCUGGCUCUCGGAUGAAUUGUGUUCAUCUCAAAACAACACUUUGUGAAUAUUAUCGACCUUUUGUGGAAAGCAUCAGUGUACUGUAUGUUUGGGAGAUUUUGCAGUCCAUUUCUUUGUAAUAUUGGUGUGUAAAUAGUCUCAACAUUAAAUGAUCAAGCCAGUGUCAUUGUCUUUGGUCACACCCACGAUAUGAAACAAGCACAUUCUGAUGGCUAAAGGUGAAGGUGACUGAUUCCAUUCAUUACUUGAUCAAGUGGCCAGGCCCUUGAUGCUGAUAGUAUGAUCAUUUUUAAUAGUAGUUUUUAUUUUUCAAAGUGAUUGUUACUCUUUAGAUUUUCCUUAUUAGGAAAGUUGAAAAGGCUCAAGCUUAUGUUCUAUUCAAUUAAUAAACACAUUUUUACAGUCUCAAUUUUUAGCUACACACAACUAGUGUAAUUCGAUUCAUAGAAAGUUUAUAUUUUACAAACAGCCAAAUAGUUUAAAUAUUCUGGGUUCAAUACAAGUUAAACGCAAUUGAAAACAUUCGUUGCAUAAUGUUGAUUAACACAAAAAAUCUGGGUUUCAGAGAGGCACUAACAAUGCAAUCCGUAAACUUUUUUUAAAUACUCACUGUUUCAAAAGGAUAGUCACAAGUAGGGCUGCAACUAACGAUUAUUUUUAUAAUCGAUUAUUCAGCGAUUAUUUCAACGAUUAAUCAUUAGCUCUUAACCGAUUAUUCAGCUUGUGCCACGACUUAAAAGGUUGUAUUAAACAUGUUUACUAACAAUAAAGAAGACAAAAUCAUCUUUUAAAAAUACCUCAAAAUGACAUUCACUGAAUUAAAGGGAAAAAAGUUUAAUUCAGUAAAAAAUUCACUGCAACAAUUCCUAUUGUUAUCAAGGGUUUUUGUCUUGUUUUCCAUUUAAAAUAGUCUAAAAAUACAUUUACCUGAGAAGCAACAUAUGAGAUAUUUAGACUUGCUUUAAGAGAGUGACUCUUAAAUAUAAGUUUAUUUUGUACAUAAGUGUAUUUUCUCACUUGGUUAUACUUCUACAAGUGCAGUAAAGACAAAAUAUACUUAUAUUCAAGAUCUAUUCUCUAAAAGCAAGUCUAAAUAUCUUAUAUGCUGCUUCUUUUUUUAAAGGAUUUUUAAAAUAUUUAUAUUUUUAAUAUUAUAUUCAACAUUCUCAGAUAACAAUUGUUUUUUCUGCAGUACAGCUGCUUAUGUAAAUGUACGUUGUUUUAAAGGAGUUUUAGAUAUUUAUAUUGGAAAACAAGCCGAAAUAAAAACAAAUCAAAAAUGUAUUUUGUUGCAGUGUAUAAUGGGGUGAAGACUACCCUCUCUCACCUUUCUGUUCACUUCAAUCCAUCUUUAACUCGCAAAAAUACAAACUCUCUCUUAUUAAUAAAGCCACGUAUUGCCAAUUUUCUUCACGAUAAGAAACAUACAGUGACACAUAUAUUAUGAUUCAAAAAGUCAUGAGCCAUCACGUUAUAAUCUAGCUGCUUUAAAUGUGUGCGCUCGAGGGAUGAGCAUUCCCGUGACAGAGUGUGCAUCAGCCGGGUGCGGUUUCAAUCUCUCCCCCUUAGAUCGGGACAUUCGCUCAACUCAUAGAAGAGGCGCUGACCGCACAGAGAAAUACCAGUUUUGAAGUUUGUAGUUAUUUACAUGACCUGCUUCUUUAUUAUUUGAACUUUAAUAAAGCUAUAACACAUUAAAUAUAACUGCAUUAAAGAUGUAUCGCUGGGGUGUUUCCUUUAAAGACGCUCAACACACAAGUUGUUCUCCAGUUCCACUUAUUCCACAAUGAGAGCGCUUCUGUAUUUACUUAUUUUGUAUUUUUGCAUUAUAAUUCCCUCAUACUUUGACGUUGUUGAUAACGUCGACUAAUCCUUUCAGCCCUAGUCACAAGACGUAAACAAUGCAUGUUAACAUGAUUUUAUUGUGAUAAAAUCACUUACUAACCUUUUCUGUGUAAAGUUAUAGCCAAUUUUACAACUUCGUUGCAAUGACAAAGUAAUGCCUUAAACCCUAAAGUGAAAAUGUUAAUGACUCUACAGCUCAAAUAAUACACAAGUUUUAAAUGAAGUGCUUUUAUACAAUUUUAAGCUCCACAUUUCUUCCUUUAAACCCUCCAAAAAUUGGCCCCAUUCCAUUGUAAGUACCUCACUGUAUCCAAGAUUAUUUCUUUUCUUUUUUAGUUCAUUUUUGUGGUAAUGAACAUUAUGCAGAUGCAGCAAAUGCUGUUUAUUGAGUUUAACUUGUAUUGAACCUGGAACAUUCCUUUAAUUAUGAGUUGAAGUGUAGUUUGUUUCAUUUUUACUGACUGCAGUUGGCAUUAUUGCAUUCACCUUAUAUAAUCUGAAGAAAACCACAUCAAGGUAAAAGCAACAGCAGUUUAAAAAUGAAAGUUUAAUACAAUGUAAACAAAUCACAUGCUUCUGAAAAGCGGCCCUUCUGCAAGUUUCUGCCUAAAAUGCCCUGUACUUAAAGGAAUGGUGUGAUUCUGGGAUAUAAAAGGAGAUGUUAUGCAGAAUUACAGCCUUCUUUUGUGUUCCACGGAUGUUAGUCAUACGGGAUUGGUACAACAUGUUCACUUUUAAAUCAAAGAAAAUGUUCAUUUUUGGGUGAACUUCCUCUAAAGUGUAUUUCAAUGUUGUCAAGGACUUCAGCCCAGAAAUUCCAGGAAUUUCCAGAUUUGAGCAGUUUGUAGCUGUUGGGCUGACAUAUUGAUUGCAGACUGUUAUAUGGUGGGAUCGCUCUCAUUUAAAUUUAUACGACUCAACAGAAGGAAUCCUGUGAUGUUAAGUCUUUUUAUUUUUUAGAUACUGUAUGUUUUUGUGAAAUAUGAACUAUAUUAAAGAUCUUCUCCAUAAUUGA